AUUUUAUGUUUAGUUUUACUUUUGGAAAACUACUUUUUAUGUCAAUCAAUUCAGACCUUUAAUCGUUUAUGAACUGCCCAUUCUCAGGUUUUUUCGAAAAGGAACAUUUCAAUAGUUGUUGCUUUGUCUUGAUUUGUACUGUAGCUCCUUAGUAAAAUAAAACAAGCUGUUUGGUUGCUUCCGGUUCGACCACAUACCUUACAUCAAGGAUUUUAACUGCGCCCGUUCUCAGGUAGUAUGUCGCCUCGAUCACAAGGAAAUACCUUUGAACUGAAACGUUUGUGACCACGAUGAUAAGAAUAGAAAAUAAUCAGAGGAUUAGGCUUCACCCUCAGGGGCUUUUAGCAGUGGAACAAAUGUUACUGCAGUAGAUUUAAAAAAACAAGUCACAUAUCCUGUAUUUUACUUAACAUUACGUAAGGUGAGAGGAGUGCCAUUCCACUCAAGACUAUGACCUAUCUUGGUAUUUGUGAAACAGAAUGCUGCAUAGCAGCAAAUUUACAGUAUGAAGCUUUGAGAAGCCUUGGGACAAUAUGUUCUGAAAUCCUGCUGCAGAAAGUACUACACUUAACGGCUUUCAACCUAAAAACUGUGCAAACAUCUUCCUAACUGUAUAGAAACUUGCUCCAUUUCAACCAGCUAAAAGAAAAUGUUACUUAUAACAUCAUCAUUUCAAUGAGGACUAUUUUAUUAUGUCGUAGUCAAAAAUACUUUACUACUACACCAAGUAGAUUGCUGACAAUACUUUGUCCUGCAUUAUAUGUAUAACAUAAAUAAAAUUAUUACAUUGUCAUGUUUUUUUCAUAUAAAUGUGUACAAAUGAUCAAUUUUCAUUAAGAACUUUUAAUGUGUAAUAAUCAUGCUCUUUUUUCAUAACACUAUUAUUUCUUAGGAAAUGUGAAUCCACUUUAGUUGUUUAAGCAACUGAAUGUUGUGUAAAUAACGGGAGAUAAAGCAACACUCCUGUGCAAACUCAUUCACCAAAUGGAAAAACUAAAAAAGUUUCAAAAGCUCCCUUGUACUGUGCUGAAAUUGUCACUUUCAGAGUAUGGCCUCCACGAUCAGCCUUCUCCCUGAGAAGCACUUCCUGUGCUCCCUUUGUCGAGGCAUCUUCACCAGCCCGGUGACCAUACCGUGUGGACACAGCUUCUGCUUGUCCUGUCUCAGUCUCCACUGGUCGAGACACCAGUCCAAAUACUGCCCUCGCUGCCGGAGACUGUUUAGUGAGCGGCCCGACCUCAGCGUCAACCGCGUUCUGGCAGAAGUCUCAGAUAACUACAGGAAAACUCGACCCCAGAAUCCACCCGAAGAGGAAUUGGUAAUAGAUGUUGAGCAAAUGAUUCAGGAACGGCAGCAGAAGGUUGUACGGAUGAAAUUGGCUCUGGAGCAACAAAAGAACUCCUACCUCAGAGAGGUGCGAGAGAGCCAGAAGGUCUUUUCUAACCUCGUGCAAGCGAUGGAGAAGAAUCACAAAGCUGUGGUUGACGCAAUCGAGGGAAGAAAGCGAGACGAGGAGAAGAGAGUGGAAAGGUUGGUGAACGAGAUCGAAAAGGAGAUCCAGGAACUGAGGAAGGAGAGCAGCGAACCUGAGCCCAAUAUUCCGGUAAAAAGUGAUCCAGAUGAUGAUACGAACCAAGUUACCGUGAACAUUGUUCCCACUACGUGCCCCUCUGACAUGAAGGAUUGGUCCAAGGUUGUCAUAGAAACUGACCCUUGUGUUGGGAUCACCAGAAGAGCACUAGAGGACAUAAUGGAGAAGAUAAAGGUAGAAGUCCACAGGCUCUCCAAAUCUGAACUCAAGAGAAUAGAGAAAUACACCGUUGAUGUCAAUCUGAGCGCAAAGACAGCCCACCCCUUCCUCUCCGUCUCAGAGGACAGAAAACAGGUGAGACAUACGGACAAGCUUCACGAGGUACCAGAUCACCCCAAGCGGUUCGACCGCGUUGCAAACGUGCUGGCCAAAGAGAGCUUCAGCGGCGGGAGGUGCUACUGGGAGGUGGAGGUCGGGGAGAAGAUCGAGUGGAAUCUGGGUGUCGUCAGACAGUCCAUAAACAGGAAGGGGAAGUUCUCUGUCUGCCCUGCAAAUGGUUUCUGGACUUUAAGCCUGAAGGCUGGAGGCCAGUUCAUUGCCAACACCUCUCCUGUCACGCCGUUGGCUGUGGAGAAGAGGCCCAGGAAGGUGGGCGUGUUCCUGGACUACGCCGAGGGCCGCGUGUCCUUCUACUGCGCAGAAUCUGGAGUACACAUUCACACCUUCGCAGAUACGUUCACUGACCGGCUUCAUCCAUUUUUCAGUCCAGGCCGCCUACAUGGCGGCAAAAACAAUGUUCCCCUUAUCAUCUCUUCUACUUUCUGCAGCAUCUAAAC